CCCUCGUCGCGGGUGCUGCUGCGGCAGCAGCUGAUGAGGGCCCAGGCUCAGGAGCAGGAGCAGCGCGAGAGGAGGGACCCCCCCCCCGGCCCCCCCCCCCACCGCAGCCCCGGGGCCCAGCGACCACCCCCCCAUGUGCCCCCCGAGGUGCUCAAGGUCCAGACCCACCUGGAGAACCCCACCCGGUACCACCUGCGGGCGGCACAGAGGCAGCAGGUCCGGCAGUACCUGAGCUCUGCCCUGGGCCGGGGGCCCCCCAGCCCCCCCGGGCCCCCCCCGGCCCCCCCCGCGCCCCACAGCCCCCUGGCACUGCUGCACAUCGGGCCUGGCUGCGAGAAGGAGAUGGAUGACGUCAUCGAUGAGAUCAUCAGCCUCGAGUCCAGCUAUGACGAUCUCCUCAGCUUCGGCCCCACCGAGGGCGGCCUCCAGCUCCCGAGCACGGUCCCCGCCCCUGCGCCCCUGCUGGAGGUGUUCACCCCCCCCCCAGGGCGCAGCAGCUCCUGCCCGGCUGAGCUGCCCCGAGUCAAGGCCGAGCUCUCGGAGACGGAGGCGAAGGCGUUGCUGAAGGAGCGCCAGAAGAAGGACAACCACAACCUGAUUGAGCGGCGCCGGCGCUUCAACAUCAACGACCGCAUCAAGGAGCUGGGGACCCUCAUCCCAAAAUCCAAUGAUCCGGAGAUGCGCUGGAACAAGGGCACCAUCCUGAAGGCCUCAGUGGAUUAUAUCCGGAAGCUGCAGAAGGAGACACAACGUUCCCGAGAGCUGGAAUUGCACCAGCAGCGCCUGGAGCAGGCGAACCGGAGCCUCCAGCUCCGGGUCCAGGAGCUGGAGCUGCAGGCACAGCUCCAUGGGCUCCCCCUCAUCCCUCCGCUGGCACCAGCAGCCGAGGGGGGGUGUGAGGAGGCUCCUGGGGGCCCCCCCUUUCCCCCCGGGGGUCCCCCCACGCCCCAGUGCCUGCUGGACCUGGCUGUGGCCGAGGAGCUGCCCCUGGGGCUGGGAGCACCGGAUGGGACCUUCGAUGACAUCCUCAUGGACGAGGGGGGGGCUCUGUCCCCUCUCGGCCCCCCCGGAGCCCUCCUGGCCUCCCCGGGCCCCUCCCGCGCCUCCAGCCCCCGCAGCAGCCUCAGCAUGGAGGACGAGCCCUGAGCAGUGCCCCUUUAAGGCCCUUCAGGUGCGGCCCCUUUAAGGCCCUUCAGGUGCGGCCCCUUUAAGGCCCUUCAGGUGUGGCCCCUUUAAGGCCCUUCAGGUGUGGCCCCUUUAAGGCCCUUCAGGUGUGGCCCCUUUAAGGCCCUUCAGGUGUGGCCCCUUUAAGGCCCUUCAGGUGCGGCCCCUUUAAGGCCCUUCAGGUGUGGCCCCUUUAAGGCCCUUCAGGUGCGGCCCCUUUAAGGCUCUCACCCCAUCGUGCCCAACACCCCCAUGGUUGGUUAAGGGGGCCCACAGGGUGCCUUGAUGAGGCUUUUAAAACGGGCGAGUCCUUCCUAAGGCUGACGGUGGCCUUAAGGUGUUGCCCUUUUAAGACGCCCCAUUGGUGGCCCCACCUUGGAGGACCUCUACCAGUAUCACCCAUUGGUGGGGUCCUCCCAGUGUGUGGCCCUUUUAAGGUGUUUCCUUAGCCCCGCCCCUCAGGGAAGCCGUGGCCCCACCCCAGCCUGGCCCCGCCCCUUCCUGCCUGUCUGCCAAUCAGCGGGUUCCUGAGGGCUGGGCCCUCAGUGUCAUGUCCCGGCCGCUCUCUUUUGGCCUUCACACAAGCCCCGCCCCCUCUCACAGGCCCCGCCCACCGGCUCCUCUUAAA